GGUUUGUGGUCCUUGCAGCGCCCUUCCCUGGGUUCUCCGCGCUACUGCGUCCAGAUUCGCCUAUUCUCUGCUCCCCCGAACUUUCAGCCUUGUCUUGGCCCCUUCGAAGACCAGGAAGUUGAUAAAUCGCGGGGCCAGCUACUGUAAGACGGUGGCUCGGGUGGGACAGUCGCCAGGGAUGGCGGAGCGCGAGGAUGGAGCGGGUGUCUGGGCUGCUCUCCUGGACGUUGAGCAGAGUCCUGUGGCUCUCCGGCCUCUUUGAGCGGGGAACUGCCCGGCAGCCCCGGAUCAUGGAAGAGAAAGCGCUAGAGGUUUAUGAUUUGAUUCGAACUAUCCGGGACCCAGAGAAGCCCAAUACUCUGGAGGAACUGGAGGUGGUAACGGAAAGUUGUGUGGAGGUUCAGGAGAUAAAUGAAGAGGACUAUUUGGUUAUUAUCAGGUUCACACCAACAGUACCUCAUUGCUCUUUGGCGACUCUUAUUGGACUGUGCUUAAGAGUAAAACUUCAGCGAUGUUUACCAUUUAAACAUAAGCUGGAAAUCUACAUUUCUGAAGGAACCCACUCAACAGAGGAAGACAUCAACAAGCAGAUAAAUGACAAAGAACGAGUGGCAGCUGCAAUGGAGAACCCCAACCUACGGGAAAUUGUGGAACAGUGUGUCCUUGAACCUGACUAAUAGCUGUUUUAAGAGCCAUUGAACUUUAAUUGUUUGAUAUGUUCGUUUAAACUCUUUGUAAAAUGUAAAAGACUCAUGUCUAAUACAUAGGUGAUUUAUACCUCAAAGCAUUUUUUAAAGGAUGAUUUUCAAGCAAGAUUUAAUAUAAGGUAGUACCUAGUUUGUUCAGUGUAUAACAUUCUCAGGAUUUAUAACACUUAAAUGAUCAGACAAAAAUAUUUUCUAGUUAUGUGUAAGACGAGUUGCUAUUUUUCUGAUGCCCAUUCUGAUACAACAGCUUUUCAUGUCAAAUAUUUACUGUGCCCAAAUUGAAAUCAUUACUCUGUAAAAUAAAUAAAACAAAGAUGAUUCUUGUAAUGACA